CUCCCAACCCAACCAUCACCAUCCUCAUCAUCAGCCGCAAAAAUGACUACUGUGGUUCCCCUUCCUCUCCCCACCCUCCCUGAGGGCUGGACCGCCGAGAAGGACUUCAAGCCCAUCGGCAAGAUUGCCCAGAAUGAGGCUACCCAGCGCACCAUCGAGCCCGUCGGCCCUCACUUCCUCGCCCACGCCCGCCGCGCCCGCCACAAGCGCACCUUCUCCGAGGAUGACCGUAUCCAGGCCCAGGAGCGUGCCAAGAACGUCGAGGAGGAUAACGAGAGCGACCUCAGCGAGCCCGAGGACCCCAUGAUGCUCUCUCGCGACGCCAAGGACUGGAAGCAACAAGAUCACUACAAGGUUCUCGGCCUUUCCAAAUACCGCUGGAGGGCCACUGAGGAGCAGAUCAAGCGCGCUCACCGCAAGAAGGUCCUCAAGCACCACCCCGAUAAGAAGGCCGCCGCUGGCCGCACCGAGGACGACAACUUCUUCAAGUGCAUCCAGAAGGCCACCGAAGUCCUCCUCGACCCCAUCAAGCGCCGCCAGUUCGAUUCCGUUGAUGAGGAAGCCGAUGUCGAGCCCCCCACCAAGAAGCAGCUUCAAAAGGGCAACUUCUACAAGCUCUGGGGCAACGUCUUCAAGGCUGAGGGCCGUUUCAGCAACACCCAGCCCGUCCCCAGCUUCGGCAACGAGAACUCUACCCGCGAGGAGGUCGAGAACUUCUACAACUUCUUCUACAACUUCGACAGCUGGAGGUCGUUCGAGUACCUCGAUGAGGAUGUUCCCGAUGACAGCGAGUCCCGCGACCAGAGACGCCACACCGAGCGCAAGAACCUCAACACCCGCAAGAAGAGAAAGGCUGAAGACAAUGCUCGUCUUCGCAAGCUGCUCGAUGACUGCUCGGCCGCCGAUGAGCGUAUCAAGAAGUUCCGCCAGGAGGCCAACGCCGCCAAGAACAAGAAGAGGCUCGAGAAGGAGGCUGCCGAGAAGAAGGCCGCUGAGGAGGCCGCUGCCAAGAAGGCUGCCGAGGAGGCUGCCGCUAAGGAGGCUGAGGAGAAGGCCAAGGCCGACCGUGAGGCAAGCAAGAAGGCCAAGGAGGCUGCUAAGAACGCUGUCAAGAAGAACAAGCGUGUCCUCCGUGGCUCCGUCAAGGAUGCCAACUACUUCGUUGAGGGCGAUGCUUCCGUUGCCACCAUCGAUGCCGUUCUCGGUGAUGUUGAGCUUAUCCAGGCGAAGAUCGAUCCCGAUGAGAUCGCUGCCCUCGCUGGCAAGCUCAACAACCUUAAGGUCGCUGACGAGAUCAAGGCUGUCUGGAACGAGGAGGCCGCCCGCCUUGUCGGUGCCGGCAAGAUCAACGCCGGUGACCUCAAGGCUCUUUCUGCUUAAACGAUCUGUUACCGAGUCAUGAGAUAAUAGUGAAUGUUCAUGUUGGCGUUUGUCUAUAACUACUAGAAUUUAGACGUGGAGAAAAACAGAGAUGUUGACUGAUACCAUUGGAGAUGG